AAGUAGAAAUGGCUGUGACUGUUACUGACUGCCACUCUUUGCUCUCUCUUUUGCGGUUCAUCUUCUCUGUCCCUGCCUGCGUGUUUGGUGGCCAUAAGGAGGGUCCUUCUCAUUUGCGGUUCCCUAUCGUAUUUCUUAUCCGAGUCAAGUUCUUGCAACUGGGUAUAUUGCUUUAUUUCUCUGAAAAUUCUCACUUUUUGUUCUAUCUUUCAAGAGAUAUAAGGUAAAGAGUAGGCAGUUUUGGAGAGGAAGGGAAAGAUGGGGGAGAAACCUGAAGUAUUGGAUGCUGUGUUGAAGGAAACUGUUGAUUUGGAAAAUAUACCCAUUGAAGAGGUAUUUGAGAAUCUGAGAUGUAGCAAAGAGGGUCUCAGCAGUGAAGCUGCUGAGGAAAGACUCACCAUUUUUGGACACAACAAGCUUGAAGAAAAGCAGGAGAGCAAAUUUUUGAAGUUUUUGGGUUUUAUGUGGAAUCCUCUCUCAUGGGUUAUGGAAGCUGCUGCCAUAAUGGCCAUUGCUCUUGCAAAUGGAGGGGGUAAGCCACCGGAUUGGCAAGAUUUUGUGGGUAUUAUGACUCUGCUCGUCAUCAAUUCCACUAUCAGUUUCAUUGAGGAAAACAAUGCCGGUAAUGCUGCAGCAGCACUCAUGGCUCGUUUGGCUCCCAAAGCCAAGGUCCUUCGAGAUGGAAGGUGGAAUGAACAAGAUGCUUCGGUUCUAGUUCCUGGUGAUAUAAUUAGUAUUAAGCUUGGUGACAUUGUUCCAGCUGAUGCUCGUCUACUUGAAGGGGAUCCUUUGAAAAUUGACCAGUCUGCACUUACAGGUGAAUCCCUUGCCGUGACGAAAAGCCCUGGGGAUGGUGUGUAUUCUGGUUCUACUUGCAAACAAGGAGAGAUUGAUGCAGUGGUCAUUGCCACCGGUGUCCAUACCUUCUUUGGAAAAGCUGCUCACCUUGUUGAUAGCACAAAUCAAGUGGGCCAUUUCCAAAAGGUCUUGACUGCAAUUGGGAAUUUCUGCAUAUGUUCCAUUGCUGUGGGGAUGGUAAUAGAGAUAAUUGUCAUGUACCCGAUUCAAGACCGAAAAUAUCGUCCUGGAAUUGAUAACCUUCUUGUGCUUCUCAUUGGUGGAAUUCCAAUUGCCAUGCCGACAGUUCUGUCUGUGACAAUGGCUAUUGGGUCUCAUAGAUUAUCACAGCAGGGAGCUAUUACAAAGAGAAUGACAGCAAUUGAAGAGAUGGCAGGCAUGGAUGUUCUUUGCAGUGAUAAGACUGGAACUCUGACAUUGAAUAAGCUUACUGUUGACAAAAAUCUUAUCGAGGUUUUUGCAAAAGGAGUGGAUCCAGAUACUGUUGUGUUGAUGGCAGCUCGAGCCUCCAGACUGGAGAAUCAAGAUGCAAUAGAUACUGCUAUAGUUGGGAUGCUUGCUGAUCCUAAGGAGGCACGUGCUGGAAUUCAAGAAAUACACUUCCUUCCUUUCAAUCCUACUGAUAAAAGAACUGCAUUGACUUAUCUAGAUAGUGAUGGUAAAAUGCAUAGAGUUAGCAAAGGUGCACCAGAGCAGAUUUUGAAUCUUGCACGCAAUAAGUCAGACAUCGAGCGCCGAGUUCAUGCUGUUAUUGAUAAGUUUGCUGAGCGAGGUUUACGAUCUCUUGCUGUAGCAUACCAGGAAGUUCCAGAAGGAAGGAAGGAGAGUGCUGGAGCCCCGUGGCAAUUUGUUGGUGUAAUGCCACUCUUUGACCCACCUAGACAUGACAGUGCAGAGACAAUAAGGAGGGCGUUAAAUCUUGGAGUGAAUGUGAAGAUGAUUACUGGGGAUCAACUGGCGAUUGGAAAGGAAACUGGACGUCGCUUGGGGAUGGGAACCAAUAUGUACCCUUCAUCUGCUUUGCUAGGACAGGACAAGGAUGAGUCGAUUAUUGCUUUACCGAUUGACGAGCUGAUAGAAAAAGCUGAUGGCUUUGCUGGGGUUUUCCCAGAGCACAAAUACGAGAUUGUGAAACGCUUGCAAGCUAGGAAACAUAUCUGUGGAAUGACUGGUGAUGGAGUCAAUGAUGCUCCUGCCCUCAAAAAAGCUGAUAUUGGUAUAGCUGUUGCUGAUGCAACAGAUGCUGCUCGCAGUGCUUCUGAUAUUGUGCUUACUGAACCUGGCCUUAGUGUCAUCAUUAGUGCUGUUUUGACCAGUCGGGCAAUCUUCCAGAGGAUGAAAAAUUACACAAUAUAUGCUGUUUCCAUCACAAUUCGUAUUGUGCUUGGUUUCAUGUUGCUGGCUCUCCUAUGGAAGUUUGACUUUCCGCCUUUCAUGGUGCUUAUUAUUGCGAUCCUCAAUGAUGGUACGAUCAUGACAAUAUCAAAGGACAGAGUUAAACCGUCUCCUCUGCCAGAUAGCUGGAAGCUGGCCGAGAUUUUUGCAACUGGAAUUGUGCUCGGAGGCUACUUGGCAAUAAUGACUGUGAUAUUCUUUUGGGCAGCAUACAAAACAGACUUCUUCCCAAGAACAUUUGGGGUAUCAACCCUUGAGAAAACAGCUAAUGAUGACUUUCGGAAGCUUGCCUCUGCUAUAUAUCUACAAGUGAGCAUUAUUAGCCAGGCCCUCAUAUUUGUUACACGGUCUCGAAGUUGGUCGUUUAUUGAGCGACCUGGAUUGUUGCUUAUGGUGGCUUUUAUAAUAGCUCAGCUGAUAGCCACCUUGAUUGCAGUCUAUGCAAAUUGGAGUUUUGCUGCCAUUGAGGGGAUCGGUUGGGGUUGGGCCGGGGUGAUAUGGCUUUAUAAUAUCGUCACAUAUAUCCCUCUGGAUAUCAUAAAAUUCAUGAUACGUUAUGCUCUGAGCGGGAAGGCGUGGGAUCUACUGAUUGAACAGAGGGUUGCUUUCACAAGGCAAAAGGACUUUGGAAAGGAACAACGUGAGCUUCAAUGGGCACACGCACAAAGGACAUUGCACGGGUUGCAGCCACCGGACACCAAGAUGUUUACAGAACGAACACAUUUCACAGAACUCAAUCAGAUCGCCGAAGAGGCCAAAAGAAGAGCUGAGAUUGCAAGGUUGAGGGAACUCACUACACUGAAGGGUCACGUAGAAUCCGUGGUGAGAUUGAAGGGGCUCGACAUCGACACAAUUCAGCAAUCAUACACAGUUUAAGACAGAUAGAAUGUAUUUACCUAUUUAUAUACUGUAUAAGAUGAUUGUGUGCUGAGAGUAAAGACGUGUACUCGGCAUGUUGUGAGUAACCUCGUAGUAGACAGUCGUUUUAAAUUUGCUACUCUGCUUUUCGGUUUUUGGCAUGUAAAAUGAGUGCUGCAGUCAGCUGUUUUCUUCCCUUUUCUUCACUCUAACCCUCUUCCUUGUGAUUAAGAGAGGACGGAAAUAAACUUUUCUCCAUUGAUCAGAACCGUU